AAUGAGAGAUUCCCUCUCCCUCAAUCUUGAAGUACUCAAAUGCUAGUACUAUACUUGACUAAUGAGUCUACUGUUGUGUGUGAUUCUCUCUCUAAUCUUAUUCCAUUUGUUUUCUAAAAAUAAACAAUCAUAAUACUGGAAUAAAUAUUAAAGAUUGCAGCUUUGCAUACUUUUGGACUUUGUAAUUUUUUGAUUUUUCUUUAGCUGAGCUAAAAAGUCUUCUCUUUCACACACCCCAAAACCUUUUUUUUUCCCUCAUCAACUACCCACCCCCACCUCAACCCCCAACCCCUUAUGAAGAUUGAAAGAAUCUAGGGUUUGACAACACAUCAUAUAAGUGUAAAGAUCCAAUCUUUAUUGCUUUUUUUAUCUUGCUGGUGUUAUUAUAGCUGAUUUUCCCAUCUUGGGUAUGUUUUAUUUUCUGUUAAUUUCAUUCUUAGAAGUGUAAAGAUCCAAUCUUUAUUGCUUUUUUGUCUUGCUCAAUGCAUUUGGUGCUGUUUUUAUAUUGAUUUUUCCAUUUGGGCGUGUUUUAUUUUCUGUUAAUUUUCAUUCUUGAUGUAAAAGCUGGUUGUUUCAGCAUGGUUUCUUUGUUGAGUUUGGUUUCUUGAAAUUUCAUUCCAAGAACCCCUUUUUGUUUGUGUUUUUUUUUAAAACUGUAGAUGGGUGUUUAUUGCUUCUGUUUUCAUUGUUUUUCUUUUUUUCCAUAAUUUUCAGGUUGAUUGAAGUUGUGUAUCUUGAGUUUUAUUUUUGUUUUUGAGAGGAUGUGUAGUUGUUCUUGUGUUUUGGGGGCAACUCUUUCUGCCCUUUUUUUGGUUAUUUCUAUCUAUGUAAGAAUCUUUUUGGUUCUUGAAAAGAAACAGUUCAAGAAUGUUCAAUUGGCUGAAAUGAAUUUAUAGAUUCGCAAAAGAACCAAAUUCUUGUUGGCGUUUUUUUUUGAAGGAUAGUGUUUUGUUUUUCUUCCUUUUGUGUGGUUUGGGUUGAGCUUAAAUGAUGCAUUUAGUGUUCGUAUAGCUGAUCCCAACUUGUUUGAGCCUGAGUCGUAGCAAUAGUAGUACUUGUUUGAGUUUGCGGAAUUUUUGUGUUUUUUAGGGGUUGAGAGAGGUGAAAUGGAGGAAAUAGAAGAAGUUAACAAGGCUGCAGUUGAGAAUUGUCAUAGAGUGAUUAGUCUUUUAUCAUCUAGGACACAUGAUCAGAUUUUGUAUACGAAUUUAGUUAGAGAAACUGGAGAAGCUGUAUACAAGUUCAAGAAAGUUGUCACUCUUUUGAAUUCAACUUUAGGUCAUGCAAGAGUGAGGAAAUCCAACAAAUUCAAGACCCCUUUACCUCAUAACAUCCUUGUUGAAAACCCGAAUUGCAAAAUCGAUGAUCAUGUGAAAGCUCUUAGGUUACUUCCUAUCGACUCUCCUGAAAACCAAGUCCUAGAGAUGGGUGCUAAUGUGAAAUGUAAUCUAACUUUAGGAAGCCCUUCUCUGGAAUUAAGUUCAAAUAGUAGAAAUCCCCUUAAUUUUGGCCAACAAACGCCUUUCCCGAGCUAUAACUAUCUUCAACAGCAACAACAGCAGCAGCAACAACAACGGCGGUUUCUACUUCAGCAGCAGCAGCAGCAAUUGAAACACCCCGCGGAGAUGAUGUACAGGCGGAGCAAUAGUGGUGUUAGUCUUAAUUUUGAUAGCUCGACAUGUACUCCGACCAUGUCUUCGACUAGGUCAUUUAUAUCCUCAUUGAGUGUGGACGGAAGUGUUGCUAAUGGUAAUAGCUUUCAUUUAAUUGGGGCUUCACACUCUGCGGAUCAGAGCUCGUUCCAACACAAGAGAAAAUGCUCCGGAAGGGGAGAUGAGGGAAGCGGGAAAUGUGGAAGCAGUGGAAGAUGUCACUGUUCAAAGAAGAGGAAACACAGAGUAAAGAGAUCCAUCAAAAUACCUGCGGUAAGUAACAAGCUAGCUGAUAUUCCUUCCGAUGAGUAUUCUUGGAGAAAGUAUGGACAAAAGCCGAUCAAAGGUUCUCCGCAUCCUAGGGGAUACUAUAAAUGUAGCAGCAUGAGAGGUUGCCCUGCCCGGAAACAUGUCGAGAGAUGCUUGGAAGAUGCUUCAAUGCUUAUCGUGACAUACGAAGGUGAACAUAAUCAUCCCAGGUUGCCAUCACAAUUGGCUAAUACCUGAAAACUAUCGGAAACUUUAACAAAGCUGAUCACAAUCCUCGACAGCUUUUUGUGUACUCUGUUAUCGAUUGGCUUCCGUUGUUACUGUACAUAUGGUAUUUUGGUGGAGAAAACAUCAAUUCCGGGUUGAAGAACUAUGCGAUAGGAUUCGAGAUUUUCCUGAUUGUAAGAAUAUUUCAUGAUCAAGUAUGAAUCCUUUUUUUGUAAUUUAGCCAUUGUGGUAACUUAGUUUUGUGAUAUGCAUGCUUUCAGGUUGUA